AUGUAUAGUAUGGCGGAUCAAUACUCUCAGCCGCUGUCCUCGGUUGAACAGCUCAAGAUCUUCGAGAAGAAGAUCAAUUAUAACUUUAACGACCCUGCUUUGAUCCGCAAAGCACUCCACCACCCAUACAAUAAGCAACUUCGUCUUGUUGGUGCUGCGAGUAUGCGGCUCGUUCUUUCAGCCGAUGGCUUUCGCAAGAACGAAAGUCUCAAGGGAAUUGAAGCGGUCCUGAAAGAGAGGACCGGGAAAGGGCACCUUUGCAUCCAAGGUUUCAACCUCGGCAUCGACAAGUUUAUUCUUCUAGACGGAUCCCACCGCGGGGUUGUUGAAGAGAGUAUGAUGAUCACUACUAUGCAGGCGAUCAUCGGUGCCGUGCACGUCGACUCGAGCACACCCAUUGAUUCGUCUGCUCGCACCAUGGCUGCUUUGGGUCUUUCCUGGCCGGAGUAA